AUGGAGACUGGGGGGGGCCAGCGCCAGCAUCGUGUCGUCAUGGUCAGCGAUUUUUUCUAUCCCAACUUUGGUGGCGUGGAGAACCACAUCUAUCAGCUAUCGCAAUGCCUCAUAAACUUGGGCCACAAGGUGGUGGUCGUUACUCACGCCUACGGCAACUGUACGGGAGUACGGUACCUUACAAAUGGUCUCAAGGUGUACUACCUGCCCCGGCUGCCCUUCUACCAGCAAGCCACCUUCCCCACGCUGAUGGGCUGGGCGCGGUUGCUGCGAGUCAUCUGUGUACGGGAGGGUGCCACGCUGGUGCACGGACAUCAGGCGUUUUCCACGAUGGCUCUGGAGGCGUGCAUCAACGCACGCAGCCUGGGACUCAGGGUGGUGUUCACGGACCAUUCUUUGUUCGGAUUCGCUGACCCGGGCUCCAUUGUCCUCAAUAAGGUGCUCAAGGCCGUGCUCUCUGACGUGCACGCCGUCAUAUGCGUGUCGCACACCAGCAAGGAGAACACCGUGCUGAGAGCCUGUCUGCCGCCUUCCUCGGUGUCAGUCAUACCCAACGCCGUGGACGCGUCCCAGUUCCAGCCCAACCCCCGGGCAAUCUGGCCCUCCAACCCUGUCCGUGACGAGAUUGUGCUGGUGGUUCUGUGCCGGCUGGUGUACCGCAAGGGCGUGGACCUGCUGUCGUUGGUGCUGCCGGCGGUGUGCAGCCGCCACGCCAACGUGCGAGUGCUGGUUGGGGGAGACGGUCCCAAGCGCCUGCUGCUGGAGAAGGUCAUUUCGGAUCAUGGCCUGGAGGAGCGGGUGGUGUUGGAGGGGGCGGUGCCGCACGAACGUGCCAGGGACUUCAUGGUUCGAGGCCAUGUGUUUGUAAACGCGAGUUUGACUGAGGCCUUCUGUAUGGCCCUCGUGGAGGCGGCUGCUGCCGGGCUGGUGGUGGUGUCUACGGCAGUGGGGGGCGUGCCGGAGGUUCUGCCGCCUGACAUGAUCGAGCUCGCGGAGCCAACCGCAGAAGGGUUGCUGGCAGCGAUAGAGCGCGCGCUGUUGCGUGUGCCGCAUCAGCGGCCUGCGGCGCAGCAUGAGCGCGUACGGCAUAUGUACGAUUGGAACGACGUGGCGCAGCGCACCGUGAAGGUGUAUGAUGCUGUUGAAGCAUCGACGCGGGACGAUGGUCUCCCAGCGCGGCUGAGACGGUACGCCGCAGCAGGCCGCUGGGUGGGCACCUUCUUCGGUGCCGUGGCGGUGCUUAGCCAGUUGAUGAUGGCCUUCCUGGACUGGUGGCAACCCCGGUAUCUGAUAGACACCGCCCCGGACUGGCCCAGAAGUGCCGGCGGCGAUGAGCGGGAGCGACAGGGGACGUGGGUACAGGAGGCGGACGAGCAGCGCGAGGUGGCGCAGCCAGCUGCUACUGCGCCUUGGGUCCGCACAACACCUAGCAGGCUAGCGGGGGAAACAGGAGUGCUAGUAUCGUUGUACCCCAUGAGAUCGAACAAGAAUAUCAAAAAUCCCACAUUUAUGGACGCCUAUGCUUACAACAACAUAGGCAGAUGUGUUUAA